GCGAUAUUUUCAAUAAGCCAUGAAACGUUUUAAAUAAUUCGCAAUUUUACAACAAUUGCGCGUUUUAUUUGAAAAAAAAAUCUUUUUAACGUUGUGGUUUAUCUUUUACAAUCAUAUAAGCUCAACAUUUGUUCAUAACGCUUAAAAAGGAUGUUCAGCCUUUAUUCUCUUUCAGCGUAUGUUCAGUGUCACAUUACUUCGAUUUGACAUUUGACAAGAUUUUAUGAUAUAAAGAUGGCAAAAAGACUGCAAGAAUAUGUGAAAUAUAGCAUAAAGGAGUUGGAAUCCUAUACGAAGCAAGGAGGUUCCUGUGUACGUAAAAUAAAUUCUAAUUUACAUAUAUCAUUAGGUCCAUAUUGCCUGGCCGAUUUUAAACAUGCGCUCAGUGCUCAUAUAAUGCGACGGAAAGUUGGCUACUAUGAUGCCAGUCUCGAAGGCAUUGUCCUGGAUAUAAAGAAUAUAAAAGUGUUGAGCAAGUCAGCUGCAUUGCGAGCAGAUGAUCCACGUAUACAUGUUGACGUGAACGCCGACUGCUAUGUGUUUUGUCCAACCGCUGGUGCGAUAUUGAGCGGUGUGGUGAAGCACAUUGGUAACCAUCAUAUCGGCGUGAUCAUUUACAGAGUUUUCAAUGUGAGCAUUAGGUUUGCAGCAAAGCUCAAUAAGGAACAGUUUAAAAUGGAUGACACGGUGCAAUUUCGUAUAAAAAAUUUCAAUUUACAAAAUGUCUUCCCGUACAUUGAAGGCGAUCUUGUGACAGCUAGUGGCGAUAAAAUUACGGAUAAAUUUAUAAAAGUUGAACCUGAAAGUGCUGAUAGCAACAUAGAUUCCGGCAUUGAGACGCGCGAUAAUCAGGAGCUGGACGAAUUAGUUAACCUAAUCAAGCAAGAAAAAAAAUCGGGAGAGGAAUGCACUCCAACAAAAGCAAACAAGAAAAAAGAUAAAGUCAAUGUCAGUAAAAGAAAGCGAAAAGCUAGCGAGAGUGCGGUGCAAAUAACCGAACCAACACCUAUUAAAAAGGAGCCUUCAUCAGAGAAGAAGAAACGUAAGCAUGCCAAGAGUGAAGAACUAGAAGCUACUAACAAUGACAAAGCUACAGUGAAAAGUAAAACGAAAAAGACAAAUGUUGAAUUAUUAAAUGCAACACAAAUUAAAAAGGAAGAAAUAGACGAAUUGUUUACAACGCCUACCAAGAAACGCAAGUCGAAAACGAAUAGUAUAUCACUUAAUAGUAGCUAGUGACUUAUAGUGUGUCGUUUUGAGUUUGUUCAAAGUCUCAAAUUAUUUUGCGGCUGUAAUCAAUUUUUUGGAAGAUUUUUAAAAUAAAAAA